AUGUCUCCCUAUCGUUUCAAUACGACUCCCAUUCGAAUGCGAACGCGUAAUGGAAAAGUCGAAGUCAUAUGUUCGAUGGGUUCGAUUGAAGUACCCUGUAGUGAGAAUGACGAUCCGAUAGGACAAUUUGUAGCUACAACGUCAACAACGAUUCCUCCUAUGGACAUAACUUCCACAACAACUACUACAACAUUACCAAUGCCAGUACAAACAGGAACUCAGAACAGACUGAUACAAUGUAUCAUCUUUGUUUCUCUUAUUUCAUCCAUAGCUGCCUCAAAUAUGAAUUCACUUGUUCUUCAACAAUUUGCAUAUAUUAUACUUAUUGCCUUACUUGUUAUCAUUACUGUUUUUAUCCUAUCAGCAGUAUCAGCUUUAGCAUUAUUUAUGUGCAAAUCGUUUCGUCGUAAACAACAUUCAUCUUCUGCACAUCAUCGCUGGGAGCAAGUUAAUAAUACACUUGAAUCCAAUGAACGUAUGAAAGAUAUUGAGAAUAAAGCAAAUAUUAUAAAUCAUUGUAAGAAUUAUAACAUUGUUCAACACAAAGCACAUGAUAUUGAAGUUCAGUCGGUUCCAUUAUACUAUGAAUGCGCAUAUCUAGAACCAUGGUCAUCACAUGAUCUAUUGAAGACGAAAGCACAUUCAACAGUUUUCUCUUCGACUCAAAUGUCACUGCCGCCGCCGCUGCCGCCGCCUCCGCCGCCGCCGCCAGCACCACCAUUGUCGACUUUGCCGCCAUUGAAAUCAUUCUUGCCUGGGUUAUAUUCAAGACAAUCUCAUAAAAAUACGGAAUAUUCGCAACAUCGACGUAGUCUUUUACUCCCACACAAUACAUUAGUUUGA